CUCCCUCGGCUUAGCCCACUAUGGGGCACUCAGAGCGUCCUGGUCGCCAUGAAAACAGGCCACACCCCCACGAUCUCAGUCCGUGGUUCGCAAGUGCGCAGGCCGCCGACUCGAAGCGCGAGCAGUUCCGGAGGUACUUGGAGAAGUCGGGGGUGCUGGACACGCUGACCAAGGUAUUGGUAGCCUUAUAUGAAGAACCAGAGAAACCUAAUAGUGCUUUGGAUUUUUUAAAGCAUCACUUAGGAGCUACUACCCCAGAAAAUCCAGAAAUAGAGCUGCUUCGCCUAGAAUUGGCAGAAAUGAAAGAGAAAUAUGAAGCUAUUGUAGAAGAAAAUAAAAAACUGAAAACAAAGCUUGCUCAGUAUGAACCACCUCAGGAGGAGAAGCGUGCUGAAUAGGAUUCUUCUCAAUUGAAAAGACACUGAAACAAUGGUUUUGUAUGACUUGAAUAGUUUGUAUAGUAUAUAAUCUUUUCUGAACAGAUGCUAUAGAACUCUUUUAAUAUGUUGAAUUCACCAACCACACUUUAACUGUUAUAAACACAUAUACUUAGAACCACCAAUAAAAACUCAAUGUAACUUUCUUUGGGUCUUAAAAGCAGGAGAAUCCAAAGUGAAUCCUGAAAAAAAAUAAUGUAAACAUAGCCAUCUCAUGCAUUACCUUAAAAGACAUUCUGUUUAUUAGUCUGACUAGGAAUGACGGUACUGGUUGUAUUUUAGCCAAGGAAGUUCAGCAUGGAGCCGUUCCUUGCUUUCAUUCAGGAUAUGAGCACAGGUACAAUCAUUCUUUAAAAUGAAGAGGACACGGUCGUUUAUAUCGUCUGUAGGCAGCUGGAAAGGUCUGUGUGACAAGAAGAUGCUCUGCCACGGGUUCCCAUGAAUCUUCUGCUCUUAUUUGUAUAACGCGGAACAAAUAACUCUUCUUUGCCACCACUUUGCCUUACAUCACCGUGCGUGUGCUAGUGUGAACUCUGACACCGCGGUCCUUCUAUGCAAUCAUGCCCUGCCCGGUAAUGUGGCCUUGCUUUGCUCUGUGCUUCAGUGGGUCCCAGGUGCACAUCGGCCCGUGCUGUCUGUCAACUUGCUAUUGUAGCAGUUACCCUGAGUGUAAUUUAUAAUAACUUCAAGCAGGAUCACACUGUCCCCCUGCCUUACCUCGUUGCUUAGCUGAGCACAGAACAGAAGCAAUCUAGAAUUCUGGGUUCACGCACAAGCUGGGACAAGAAGGGGAAUGAGCCAUAUAUCGUGGAAGACUAUAGUCUGCGGGUAUAAUUAUAUAGUGCUUCCUCCCCCAACGUAUUUUUCUAGCCUUGAAUUCAUUUUAUCUUCAUUAUCCCUGUGAAGUAGGUAGGGCAAGUAUGAGGGGAGGUUGGGUGCUGAAUUUUUAGGCCAAAGACUGAUAUUAAUACAAAUUAUUUACUAACUGUAGAACCUUGGGCACAUCAGUUAACUGCUCGGAGAUUCACUUUCCUCAUCUGUUAAAUGAGAACAGUCUCUGUGCUGCCUACCUCACAGGGUUGUUGUGAGGGUCAAAUGGAAUGUAUGUGAAAGAUCUGUAAAUGGUAAAGCACUAUAUUCUUG